AGGGCUGAUGUCACUGAACCGAGUGCAUUUAGGAUAUGCAUCUCUCUAUUCACUUCAUUUGGAAACAGAUAGAUAUAUAUAUGUGUGUAAAGAAAAGAAUGGAUGAAAGGCAUUUUUCUGUUAAAUAAUUUGGGUGUCUCUUUUCUCUGUUUUAGUCAAAUACAUGAGAGUAGUUUAUAAAUUAGUUGAGCUGGAGUUGCCAAACUUGGCUGUAAAUCUGAGCAGCCUGGAUGGAAAGCCUUUGCAACUGAUAUUGUCCUCAAGCAGCUGAUCAUCAGAGCAUUUCCUUCCCAUACCCAAACCAGCAAAAUGACCACAUCCAGCAGGCAGAGCUCUUCUACGCCUAUGGUCAACAACUUGGCCAAAAUAUUCAAUCCAAACACCUUGCAAAACCAAGGGCCAGAUAAUGGAAUGGAACCUCCUCAAAUUCUGCAUGUUGAGAGAAGUGAUGUCAGCACAUCUGAAAGUUUCAACAUCAUGGAUGUGAAGUUUGCCUCCCUUGAAGAGAAAAUUGAUAAACUGUUGACUCUGCAAGACAAUGUCCUUAAGAAGCUUAACAGUGUUUCCCAAGAAAUCUGUUGCAUUGAAAAAGACAUGGAGAUGGUAAAGGCGGAAACAUCUGAACCUGGAUCAAGGACGGAAAGAAACAAAAAAAUGAGAAAUAAUGAAAUGAAGAGACUUUGCCUUAAAAUGAAAAAAUCUCUUUCUGAUAUAAACAGGAAAGCAGAGCAGCAGGUUAAAAGGCUAGAUGGACUUGAACAAAGUGUUUCUGGACUACAGAAACUUGUAGGACCUCUGGUAGAGAAGGUGAAAACAUUAAUAAUUCAUAAUUCAAGUGUAAAACAUCAUGUUAAAAAACGUAAAGUUUGCAAGGCAGGAGCUGGACAUCCCUUUAGGAUGCAUGUUUUCUCGGAGACAACAGCUGGUGAUCUGCUCAAGAAGAAAAAUGAAAAGUUUCUUUCUCCACAGAUCAUCAAAGAAAAGUCACAUUUCAAUGAAACAGAAACAAAAGAAAAGAAGCCACCAGAUUCGACAGAUGGGGACAUCCAGCAGAGUCAGUCCUGCUCUCAGGAAGAAGAAGUUGAUAAACUCAACAAGGAAAAUGCCAAGAGGGAAAGUUCUGCUCUGCUUGAAGUGGAUCCUCCCAAGUUUCAUACUGAAGAGUCAGAGGAGAAAAAAGAAAGUUUGUCUUUAGAAAGUCAUUAUGAAUAUAGGAGAAACUCUUUUCAGGAAUCCUUCACUCCACAAAAGCAGCAGGAAGAAGAAGCUGUUGAUGAUGCUUGUCAAAAACUAACUGUGCAGGAGAUAGAGAGUGAGUCCCCAGAAGAUGAGGAGAAGAAGGAACAUCAGGUGCCUGAAGAUGCACUUGAGAAACAACAAGAGGAGAAAGAGAAUGAAGGGGAAGAAAAUGCUGAUAAGAGUGAAAAAGGUGCUGAGGAACCACCAGCUCCUUCCCAAAAGGAAGAUGAGGCAGAACAAAGUGAUGAUGACGAGGUACCAGAGGGAAGGUGUAAAAGCUGCGAAAAAGAUGAUAUUCCUACUCCACCAGCACCAUUUGAUCACCGGAUUGUCUCAGCCAAAAGGGUGGGGAUCAGCAAUUAUUACAAUGUCAAUGAGGAUGAAAUUCUGGGAGGGUAAAGGGCGAUUUGGCAAGUGCACAAAUGUGAAGAGAAAGCAACAGGUCUCAAGUUGGCAGCCAAAAUUAUAAAAGCACAAGGUCCAAAACAGAAGUUACUGCUUUAUUGUCUUUUUCUCCUCAGUGUGGAAGGAGGAGAGCUAUUUGACCGAAUUAUUGAUGAAAACUACAAUUUGACAGAGAUGGAUACUAUCUCAUUCAUAAAGCAGAUCUGCAAGGGAAUUCAGUACAUGCACCAAAUGUACAUUCUUCAUUUGGAUCUCAAGCCUGAGAAUAUCCUGUGUGUGAACCGAGAGGCAAAUCAAAUAAAAAUUAUUGAUUUUGGAUUGGCAAGAAGAUAUAAACCCAGGGAAAAACUUCGAGUUAACUUUGGGACUCCAGAAUUUCUUGCUCCUGAGGUUGUGAAUUAUGAGUUUGUCUCUUUUCCUACAGACAUGUGGAGUUUAGGAGUCAUUGCUUAUAUGCUCCUCACUGGAUUAUCUCCUUUCUUGGGUGAUGAUGACAAUGAGACCCUCAACAAUAUCCUGGCCUGUAACUGGGAUUUUGAAGAUGAGGAAUUUCGAGAUGUUUCUGAUGAGGCCAAAGAUUUCAUAUCAAAGCUUCUCAUCAAAGAGAAAUGCUGGAGAUUAAGUGCAACUGCUGCCUUAAAACACCCAUGGUUAACAGACCACAAGCUCCACUGCAGACUUCAGAAAAAGGCUAAAGGUGACUGUGCGUCUCAAGCACCCCUGGCUCAAUAACCUCUCUGAAGGAGCUGCCAAACAGAAGGAAAGCUGCUGUGUGGUUACUGCUGCUAAGAGAUUUGAAAAUAUCAGCAGUCUCGGUGCUUUAUCCCCCUGCCAUGACUGAGACUUCUACUAAAUGGACCAACAGCACUUUAGUUGCAGGACAAGUCCCAGCAUUGUGGAGCUGCUUCUUCUCAAUUCAGCUUUUAAAAGAAGCGAAGUAUUUCUCCGGGUUGCAGGAACGUGUUUCUUCUAGAGCAGCAUGUUCUCCAUGCCUGCAAGUGCUACUUUAGCUUGGUUUCAUAAUGAACUUUUCUCUAUCUAGUCUUAUAUCCUCAUUUACUCAACAAAGGCUCCUUAAUGUUUAUAGUAUCAUGUAAAAUUAACUGUUUCUCAUCUAAGCCCAGAAGGUAAUCUGUCACUAUAUCUGUUGCCAAGGUUCAUUUGACACUGGAGUCAAAUAAUUUUAAAAAAAAACGAAAAAACAAAAAAUUGCAACAAAUUUAAAGCUGCCUUCUGUAGAAGAUUGGAAGUUCUUUUUUCCUGUCACACUAAAAUUAGUUAAAGAUUAGCUCAACCAGAGUUAAAGCCACGUUAAUGUAACACCAGUGGAAGGGAGAAAUGAGGCUUUCCUUGUGUGUAGGUGAAUUUGCUGAAACUGUGAUAUGGUACAUUUCAGGAUUUUUUAGCCUGAUGAAUUACUGCUCGCUGUAAAUACACUUGGAUUAAUUAAACAAGACAGAGAAUAAGGCACUAUUCACUUGUACCUGUGCAGACCCUGUUCUCCAAAAUGCAAGAGUAAUUCAGAGUUAUUUUAAAUAGGGUGAUUUUAUAACAGUGAAUCUGUUUAAUGCUAAUUUAACUCUUUAGGGCCUCUGGCAAAAAGGUGAGUCAGUGCUUUGCUCAUUAUAACCUCUGAGUACAGGCUCAAGUAAAAAUACUCUGUAUUUCUAAAGUUUUCUUAUCUUUCUCCCAAGCCUUUCUGAUUCUUAACUAUGUAAAAAAAUGGGAGUCAGAACAGCUGAAUUUUUCACCUGAAUUUUUUUGAUUAUGGCUCACCAUUAAGUGAAUCUAAGUUGCCAAGGCUCCAACAUUAAAAUAAUGACACUUACUCCCUGCUGUAUAUGGCUUUCUUACUGCUUGGUUUUGGAACUACAUAAAUGCAAAUUGUAAUGCGUAUUUUAUUUAAUCAUGCUGUUGUGGUGUCUUUACAUUGUCUUUGCUUAAUCCAGUUCUGAUCAAACCACACAUUAACAUAGCUAUCUCUAUAUAUUUAUCUCUGCGUUUCAUAUGUUUAUAUAUUUCUGUCUUUUUAAAAAGGGAUCAACAUAAAGACAAAACAGUAUUAUUCAUCACCACGCAAUGAAUUGCUUCUCACACCUUUGUCCUUUCUGGAUAGCAUUCAUUUUGAAAUAAAAAGGGGCCCAUUCAUGGGACAUCAUGGCCAUCACACUCUCUACAGCCAGUUUGAUCCAGUGUUUCGAAACCAUUGUAGUACAUCCCUUAGGACUGCUCCUGUAAAUGAACUGGGCUUCUUACAGCUGUGACAUCUUACUAAUACUGAUGUGUUGCACCAGAGUUUGCGAAUACUGGCACACCAUGUAACUUUUAUACGAUAUACAGACUUCAAGUCCUCAUCUAUAGUCUUAAGUAAACUUUGAGAAGCAGAAAUGGAAGUUUCUUUGGGAAAAGACUGAGAGGUCUCAGAGCAAGAAAAUGAGCAUAUGACUUUUAGAUAGAAGCUGAACUGCUUGUUUUUAGUCACCUGGUCAUUUGCCUGGUUAUUUGCCUGGUCAAAAUGAAUAGAAAAGUUGCCUUACUGUUAGGCCUGGAGUUUCCACUCCUGUUCUGACUCUCUUCAAUAUAUUGUAGCUUUUUGUACUGCAAGCAAUUCAAUGAUCAGGCUAAAAUUCAGCAAAACCCUUUGGAAUAACAGGAUCUCAUUAUGCACUCUAGUGCCAUUAUUGUAGAAUUGGACCAGGGUUUUGUUUUUCCUUUGGUAGAUUUUACAAGGAUAAAUUGCAUGUAAUUUUGAAUCUUAUUAACUAUACUAAAAUAAUACUGUGACUACAGUCUUUUCUGCUUCGUUGCUCAGUUGAAUUAAGAGGAUUUAUUAUUUGUUGAUAUGUACAACUGAGUAAUAAUUAAGAGCUUAGUGUCAUGAAGAUCAGCCCAGUGUAAGAGUGUGUUGUGCUGAGUCAACCACAAAUCCUCCAAGAGCUGUUGAUAAAUGUGGCCUCUGUUGAGCACAUCCCCCAAGUUCAUUCGUACAAUGCUCUGUGAGAAACAGGAACACAUGGGAGGAUAGAAGAGCUGGACUUACUUCCCUCACCUUGAGAAUUCAGGCAUGAGUUGAGGAGGGGACCCCUUAGCAGCCUCUGGCUUGUGCAACCAGGCAGUGUGCUAACACAAUCAAGGCACUGAACUUCCAUUCUUAAUAACAUGGAUAAUGGUGGUCACACUCUAGAGCCUUGUCUGUAAAUUGUCCCACUGUUUCAUUCUUGGAACAGUUCCUGCAGUAGGUGGUCAGCUUGAGGGAGGGACAGUCAGAAGAGGGUGGACUGAGCAAAUCUCUGCAGUGACUGAAGGUGCCAUUUGGUGCCCAGGGUUAAACCCAAGUGAACCUGCAGGUUUCCAGUGGAAGAGGAAAGAAUCCCAAGCACACUUCUGCUUUUUGCUGCACAGAUGCUGGAUCUGCAGCACCGAGUCAAAAAGGAGGUACAUCACCUAGGGCCUUACUGUCACCAAGGGUAAAAAGUUAUACUGCUGUGUAAUCAUCACUGCUGUGAUGUGCCUGAGAAAAAUGUCUCCAGAGAUGUUCAUUUGUGUCCUGUAUUCUCAACAUGAGAAACAGGCUGCCCAGGGAGAUCACGGAGUCUCCUUCUCUGGAGACUUCCAAACCUCCCUUGAUGUGUUCCUGUGUCGCCUGCUUUAGGUGACCCUGCCUUGGCAGAGGGGUUGGACUGGAUGAUCUCCAGAGGUCCCUAAAAAUUCUGUAAUUCUGUGAUCUUUUCUGGCUGUUGUAAUUUUAGUAAAUAAUAGCUUGAGACAGAUUCUUUUUAAUGGCUUCCUAAUUGUGUCGUUGCACUUUGAGCAGCAUGCUGUUUUGUGUGUAUGCUCACAUAUGCAAGUUUGGUUUUACUUUGCCCUACCUCUGGAAACAUUCAAGGGUGAGUUGGACAGGGCUGUAAGCAACCUGAUCAAGCGAGUGACCUCACUUCUUAUUGCAGGAGGGUUGAACUAGAUGAACUCUAAAGGUCCUGUCCAACUCAAACUAUUCUAUGAUUCUAUGAUUUAAUGAUUUAAAUAUGUUCUGUAAUGACUAAUAGCUAAAGCUUACUAUGUUAAAUUAUUUUUUUGACACAUCAUCAUUUAUUUUCUACUAGGUCAUAAUAAUACUAAGGCUACUAGGUUCUAAUAAGUCACCUAUAUCUGUGUGAGUUUGCUUAUACUUUUUGAUACAUAUUGGCUUACAUGAUUGCAUUUGGAAACUGAAUUUCUGUGCUUGUGAGCAGGUUUGGGUGUGAAAGGCACUGUUCUAGCUGUUGUUAUUCCAUUUAGCUGUAUACUCACGGACAGGGAGGACUGCAGGUACCUCAAGAGUGGUAUAGAAACAUCAGUUGCAGUGGGAGGGAUCAAGUACGCAGAUGCAGUGCUUGUUUUGUGCAUUCUUCCUGACAUGUAAAAACUGAAAAACAAAGUCCUAGGAACAUGACAGCUACCACCUGGCACUCAUAAGAAUCAGGACACUGUUAUUCCCACUCCUAUAGAUGCAGCAGGUAUACUAGAGUAGUCUAAGAGUGACAUCAAGAUUAGAAGCAAAUAUACUUAGUAUAAGAUGGGACACAAGUGGUUUUUCAACUGUUUUUAUAUUUUGUACAUCAUGAAGAUUAUGAAAUGGGUAAAAACCUCUUCUGUAGGAAGAUCUCCAUACUAUCAUGUCCAUGUUUUUGAAUGCCUGCAGCUCCUCUGGGUACCCUCACAGUAAGCAGUUGGCAACCUGGGUAAUCCACUCUGGAGAUUACAAGAAUAAAUCCUUUUUAUUUCAUUAUUCCCUCUAAUGUCAGGAGCUGAAUAAACUUAAAGCCAAGCUAAAUUCUUGAUUCCAACAAGGAAUAACAGGGUAGCUCACAGAAAUAAAUAAGGGAAGUGCUAGAUCCACCUUUUGUGAUGUGAGUAGUAGAAGAGCCCAGUUUAACAAUCCCAUCUCCCUGCCAAAAAUAUCUACUUUGCACCAGUCCUGAUCAGUAAAAAUAAAAAGAAUCUUAAUAUUUUUAACAGUGAAGGAAGGAAUCUCAAUCAAGGAACAGUCUUUCUGCAGUGGUUAAAUUGCUUCAGUAAAAGUCAAGUUAUUUUAGCAUUUUCAGUUUAAUGCUGACACUAUAAAUCACUGCCAGCCUCUUUCAGCAAAAUGGCCCCCACCAGGAGCUGUGAGAAAAGAAGGUGUUUGUCAGCUCCUCUCCAGUGAUGGAGACCUAGAAACAUUGGAUUCCGUUCUGCUGGAUCCAGUGAGAAGGGCAAUUCUUAGCUUUUAGACUUUUAAUACCUGGUAACUGAUGCAGUUUUGCACCCAGGGUAGUGAUGAAUGCAUGAAUGAGCACUGAUGCUCCAAACGCCUUCCAAACUUCCAUCCAGGAGGAUGAUGCAUCUUCACAUACCACUUUUAUCAGCGAUACAUAUUUGUUCUUGUGUCUCCUGUGACUAAAACUAAAAACUGCGUGAAUCCAUGUAGGAGUGCUAGACUGUUUCACCUUCCAUGAAGGCUUGGUAGCUGAACAACUAACUACCUGUUUCAAACCUAGAUGAAGACUGGUAGAGGUAGUGCUUUGUAAAUACCUUGUUUAGUUGUGUGUCUUUAGAGUUAGUGAUCUCAUUUUGGUAUGGCAGAACUAAUGUUUGUGUAUCCCACAGCAACUUCCCUUGCAUUUAGAAGACAGGCAUGUAUCAUGAAGCAUGUGGAUUUUCAUGUACCUUAUCACCUUGGUUUGCAUAUCUGGUUUUGUAGAUUAACUCAUGUAUCUCUGGUAUGUGUUCUUUUGUGAAAACAAUGAAGCAAUCUUGUAAAAAGAUGAAUGAGGAAUAAAUGCUGAUUUUGUUUA